AUGUCCGUCACCUUGCACACCACCCACGGGGACCUCAAAAUCGAAGUGUUCUGUGAGAGCGUCCCCAAGACCGCAGAGAACUUCCUUGCCCUUUGUGCCUCCGGAUACUACGACAAGUCCCCCUUCCACCGCCUCAUCCCCAAGUUCAUGGUCCAGACGGGCGGCCCAGCGAACCCAACGCCCGAGAACCCCAAGGGCGGCAAGUCCAUCUGGGGCGGCAACUUUGAGGACGAGAUCCGGCCCGCCCUGCGCCACAGCGCGCGGGGGAUGGUGUCCAUGGCGAACAAAGGACCCGGCACCAACGGCUCCCAGUUCUUCAUCACCUUUGAUAAGGCGCCUCACCUGGAUGGGCUCAACACCGUGUUCGGGAAGGUGAUUGGCGACGACGGGAUCGCCACGCUGGCUAAGAUGGAGGCCGUCGAGGUCGACAAGAAGAGCCGUCCCAGAGAGCCGUUCUGUAUCGAGAGCAUCACGAUACACGCGAAUCCCCUGGCUGGCUGA